CUCGUUCGAAGUCGAAUCAGUAAGGUCUGAUGCGUAGACGCGGCGUAUACGUGAUGCUGACGCUGUGCGGGGUUCUAACCGCUGGGCUAACAGCCUUUCUUGUGAUAUUCCUCACCGGCGGCCAGGGUGCCGAGGCAUCCGAAACAGCUACGGUGACAGUGGAACUAUCCAAUGGUCAGGGGGCGGUUAUUGGGAAUCAUGCUUACACAGCCUGGACGGAUCAGGCUUUUAUGCAGUUUCGUGGCAUCCCCUUUGCCGAACCACCAGUGGAGGAGCUGCGUUUUCGGCCACCUGUGGCGCGCUCACCAUGGACAGGCACCUUCAACGCACUGAACUUUGGACAACGCUGUCCCGUGAUAACAAAUCUAGAUAGCCAGAAGUCCGAUGCGGAACUCGAAGAUUGUCUCAAUCUGUCAGUAUACACUAAAAAUCUAUCUGCUAGCCAGCCUGUAAUGCUUUACAUCUACGGCGGCGGCUUCUACAAUGGCUCCUCCGAGGAUCACCCACCGAACUACCUCCUCGAGAAGGAUGUUGUCCUAGUUGUACCUCAGUACCGUGUGGGAGCCCUCGGGUGGCUAUCGACAUACACGGAAGAGCUGCCCGGCAAUGCGCCCAUAGCGGAUAUCCUUAUGGCUAUCGACUGGGUGCACAUGCACAUAAGUAGCUUUGGCGGUGACCCUCAGAAGGUGACAAUUUUUGGGCAGAGUGCUGGCGCUGGAAUAGCCAGUUCCUUACUGCUGAGUCCCAAAACUGGCGACAACAUGUUCAGGAGAGCAAUCGUGCAGUCAGGUUCGAUCUUCGCCAGCUGGGCAAUCAACAAGGAUCCGGAGGCGCAAUCUCGACGUAUCUGUGUUCAGCUGGGAUGUUCUAGCUGCGAGCAACACGAUCAGCUCGUGAAGUGCUUGCAAAAAGCGAAAGUUAUAGACAUUCUAAGGGCGACGACCUCAGAAUCUUUUUCGCCGAUUGUUGGAGACUUACACGGCAUCCUCCCGGAACAGCCCAGUGAGCUGGUAAAAAGCUUUCGCAGACAGAUUCCGAUUUUGACAGGAUUUACUCAACAUGAUGGUUCUUUUGUGCUAGCAAGCUAUUAUGAUUCGCUGGCUGUAAAGGUGUCUAAUAUAAGUUCAUUAAGUGUCCGUCAGUUUUCACAGGGUAUCUUUGAUCUAGUUAAUGACACAUCGGGACUCACGGAUAACCUAUUGAGUCGGUUGCUCUUUAACCCUCAUAUGCUUAACAGUCAUGAUCACAAUGCAGCAGUUCCCUCAUACUUCGAUCUUACUACAGACAUCUUCAUGAAGUCCCCAGUGAUAACUCUGGCUACCAAAAUUUACACCCAACAACUGGCCAUGCCAGUUUAUGUCUACAGUUUUGAGUAUGAGGGACAAUACACUCGAUUUGGAUAUGAGUUCGGCAACUCGCACUAUCCCUUCAAUGGAGGAGUACAUCAUUCCAACGACAACAUCUACCUUGACGUGUCUUGUAGUAUUUGGGGGAAAAUUAAAGUAAACCCUAGACUAUCAACACAUUUGAAUUUUUAUAAGCACAAAGAGGAAGGGAAUUGAGCUUUCUGCGGAAAUUAUAACAUUAAUAUCAGUUUUAAACUUUUAGUUUCCUUCUAGGUAAUUGAUUAAAUGGAUAAGCCGCUAUUGUCCAUUUGUUUGCAUUUUCUUAGUUUUACUUAAAAGUUGUACUCAAUGCUUGCUGAUUCUGGUCCAAAAACACCUGUUGAUGCCGUAAUGUGGAAAUAAAUAAAAAGAAGAGGUUUUUUGUUUACAAAAAUACAUUUUAAUAUACAAAUGAAAUUACAAAAAGCUAUAACGCAAAGAGCCCUAA